AAAUACGCGUAAGUGAUAAUUAAAACACGUUCUAAUAAGAAUUGUUUGUGAACGCCGGCUCAAAAGUUACCAAGUUGAGUUUGUUUACAAAGUAUUUGAACUGUCAGUGAGUGGCGCUCCCAAGCGGCGUAAGUUGGCAGCACUGAUGUCCACCAUUGUGGCGGCGCCAUGACGCACCGGUCGGGGUUGCCAGGCGGCGCGCGCGGCAUCUCCCCGCCGCGCGUCACGUGGGUGGUGAGGUUGGGAGACCCGCCUGCGCUUGGAAAUGCGCCGUAUGAAACGCAUCUUACGCACAGCAAAUACGAGCGAGAGGACGUACAGAAGAAAACAUUCGCAAAAUGGAUCAACUCGCAACUGGUCAAGAACGGGAAGCCGCUGGUGGCGGACUUGUUCGCCGACUUGCGCGACGGCGAGGUGCUGCUGUCGCUGCUCGAGAUCCUCACCGCGCAGCAAUAUGUGAGUACACCUCGCAGCGAGGUAUAUGCAUAUUAUGCAUAG